AUGCUGUCAUUGCACCGCUUCCUCUUCACAUUUCUGGCGAUAAGCCCUCUUGCCGCAUGCCAUCGAAGCUUUGAAACCACUGUCCUGCAUCAGUUUACUUCGCCAAGCUGGGCAGAGAAUUUAGCUGUCUGCGACAAUGGGGACAUACUGUUUACGAUGAUUUCGCCAUCGGCAAGUCUCUAUCGAAUUGCAAACCCCCAAUCUUCAAAUCCAACAACGACACUAGUCCAUACCUUCCCAGAUGUCGAGAGCCUUCUAGGUAUUGCAGAACUUAAGCCAAAUUUCUUCGUCGUCGUUGGCACAAAUGCGUCUGGGGUCGUUGCCAUUCCAGGGACCGGAAUUUUGUGGAGUGUGGACUUUUCUGUUUCAUCAUCGUCGCCACUCAUUACCGAGAUUACUGCUUUACCGCAAGUCAGCUACCCCAACGGUAUGACAGCGUUACCAGAAAAUGACAGUGCUGUUUUGUUGGCAGAUUCGACUCUGGGCUGCGUAUGGCGCAUAGAUAUUCAUACAAAAGCAGUCGAUAUUGCAGUGCAGUUGCCGCAGAUGGAGCCACCUUCAACUGCCUCGACACCAAUCGGCAUUAAUGGGGUUCAUGCUACACAGGACCCUUUCGGCUCAACGGUGCUCUAUUGGUCCAAUAGCUUCGAGACGACAAUUUACAGCAUUAAUAUCGAUGGCUGCACCGGAGCUAUGUUGAGCGGGCAACAGGAGCCGCGGAUAAGAGCUCGUGCUGAAGACGGUUAUCUCUUUAUUGAUGACUUCGCGAUAGACUCCAAGGGUGGCAUUUGGGCAGCCGCCAACUUCAACAAUACUGUUCUGUAUGCGUCUGUGAAGUCCCAUAUUUUACGUCCUGUUGUUGGUUCUGAGAACAGCCUUCUAAUGGCUGGCUAUACUUCUUGCUGUUUUGGCCGUAGGUCCGGCACGGACAACGUUUUAUAUGUGACAAACAGUGGCGCUGAAGUAUAUCCGGUGAAUGGGACUUUGACAAUGGGUGCAAACGUUGUAGCAAUCAACGUAUAA